AUGGUAACCACUCCUCAACGUUACGCGACGUUCUUUACAAAAUCAGGAUGUUUAUGCUUCGGCGAACUACACAACCUAUGGUCCGGCAGCUUGGCGCCUAUCCAAGGGUUCCCUGGCAUUCAGCCUCACCGGUCGGGGACCGUGAAAGCACAUCAUCUGGAGUUCAACGUUCCCGCGCGAAAUGGCAGAUGGCAAGCCUUCCAACUGGUUGAUAUUGAGACUGAAAUGGUGUCGGGUUGGUUUCUAUCUCACUCGGACGUUGACCCCGACCGGGAGAUUGCGCGGAUCCUUCGCGUUUCGGGUUCUCCUUACGAACCCGACUGUGGGAGUACCAUGAACAAUGAAAAGACCAGCGCGGCGGGUGUGCUCGUGAUCAAUCGGUAUGACUGGGGCUACUACGAUGCUCGCGGUCGGGACGAGCUCAAUGAACAGUCGGACGGGCCAGAUCGAGAGCGUAGACGUGUGGAUGUCGAGGCCUCUGAAUCAGUCGGGGUUGUGGACUACGCCCAAGCGAAGAGUCAAGUCGCAGCUUGGAAGGUACAAUCGCCGGAUGGACGGCGCGGGGGCGAAGCUGGAGUGUGGAUGCGAAUUCCAAUGGCCGAGUACAAGUUCGGCCGAUUUAGUUUCAACGACGACCGCGUUGCUCACUCCUUUCUUUUCUUCUCCGGGAGCACCGAUUUCACUCGGACAUCGUUUGUCGGGCACCGCCGCCCUCUACGGAAACCAGAGACAGAUGUAGAACGGUUUGAGCGGCGGCUUCGGGAGGGCUUUGACUUCUCAGGGUUACAGUUCUUGCAGAUGCAUUCUGCGCCUCCGGACAACGCCGACAUGAUUUCUCUUUGCCCGCCACCCCCACCGGAGUCCGCUUGCAUUGGACCAUAUCCCCCAGGAGCGCACAUCCUUCGGGCGCAGGAGCUGGACGCGUUACGACUUCACCCAUUUAAGCCACAUGUGCCUCCAGAGAUAGCGACCAGUCAAGGCGUCUGUAUCGAGACCAGCGCGAGUCAAACCCGGCCACUUGCAGUUUUUGUCGACUCUUGGAAGGAUCGUGUGGUUGACCUGAUCAAUGAGCUUAUCCUCAGCUAUCUGGAGCGACUUGUCUUUCCCUCUGUAUCGUUCAGGACGCCUUCGCUGAUCGCCGAUGCUCUAUUCGGAAAGCCCACGGCGGGAAAGUUACUGAAUAUCUAUUGCCACUGCUGCUUAACACAAUCGGGUGCGGAGCCAAUUCCUCACUUCGAUGCGGACUAUGUGAGUCGCAAGAUCAAGCAUUUCCUAGAGUCUCGUGUCGCCGGUCAGUUUGUGACCAUGGAAGAGGAAUCUGUCGGGGGCAUUGCUCGAGUCGUCGCGUACCUGAUUUCGGAGGUCCUCGAGGUGUCUAGUAAUGCCGCACUUUGUAGCCGGCGUUAUGGCAUCGUACCCGCUGACAUCCGCAUCACUGUCUACAGCGACCCAGAGCUGUAUGAUGUCUUCCAAUAUUCCACUGUCCUGUGGAAGGGGCGCGAGUAA